AUCAUUGUUAGUGAGUGUCCCUUCCCUGCAGGUUUUCUUCUGCCUUGGUUUUGGUUAAAAUGGUUGCAGGUGAGAAGAAAGAAGUGGUUGUAGAGAAGGAAACGCGCGAGGAAGUGAUCACUGCCGUUUACAAACUCCACCUCCAUUGCAAGGAUUGUGCUCGUCAUGUUGAGAAGACAAUUAUUAGAACACAAGGCAUUCAUAAGGUGGAUAUCGAAGUUGAGACGGGAAAGGUUUCGGUGAAGGGUGUGUUCGACCCAGUGAAGAUUCACAAAAGAAUCGAAAAGAAGACCAAGAAGAAAGUUGAGCUGAUAUCACCCAAGCCGAAGGAAAAGGUGGAUAAGCCACCAGAAAAGAAGGAAGAGAAGAAGAAAGAGGAGGUUGUGAAAACCACAGUCAUAAAGGUUCACAUGCACUGUAAGAACUGUGAAUAUGACCUCGAGACAAUAUUGCUAAAACUCAAAGGUGUUCACACGGUUAAAAUGAAUCGAGAUGCGCAGACUUGCACGGUGGUUGGCACCAUAGAGGAAAAGAAGUUGAUCGAGUACAUUCGCAAGAAGGCACACAAGCGUGCAGAGAUUGUACCCCAGAAGAUCGAGAAGAAGGUGGAAAAAGAAGAGGAAAAAAAGAAAGUUGAAGUGAAGGAUGGGAAAGAAAAAGUAGAAGUGGUUAAGGAGAAAGAGGAGGUGAAGAGCAAGGAAAUAGUCGUCCCUUACUUCAUCCACUGCACGCAUGCACCUGAUUGGCUUAGUGAUGAGAACCCGAAUGCUUGUUCUGUGAUGUAGAUGUUAGGAACAUGAUAGAACGGAGAAUUACUAUUUCAGUACCUCAACAGCUAAAAUGGGACAUUUUCAUACUAAUUUGGAUGAACAGAUCGACGGCCUUGUGGUCAAAAUCCAUAUGUAUGAAGAUAUGCAAAUGUUUUGAGAAAUGGAAACACCAUUACCAAA